UACAACUCCUAUAUAAAACCCUAAACUCACCCUCUUCUUCUGCAAAUCAUUUUUUUCCCCACUUUCUCUUUGUUUUUCUGAACCUCUGCCUUUCCAUGGCUGCCUCCGUUGACCCGCUUGUUGUUGGCCGUGUGAUCGGUGAUGUGGUGGACAUGUUUAUUCCAAGGGUCACUAUGUCUGUUUACUUUGGUCCUAAGCAUGUCACUAAUGGCUGUGAUAUAAAACCAUCCAUUGCCAUCAAUCCGCCCAAAAUCACCAUCUCCGGCCAUGCUGAUGAGCUCUACACUCUGGUUUUGACAGACCCUGAUGCUCCAAGUCCAAGUGAGCCGAGCAUGCGAGAAUGGGUUCACUGGAUCGUUGUUGAUAUUCCAGGAGGAACAAAUCCAUUCCGAGGAACUGAGAUUUUGCCCUAUAUCGGACCAAAGCCACCGGUAGGGAUUCACCGCUACAUUCUGGUACUGUUCCAGCAGAAGAAUCCGGUUGGGGCGGUGGAGCAGCCAGCUUCUCGAGCCAACUUCAACACUCGCUUAUUUUCUUCGCAGCUUGACCUUGGCCUGCCUGUUGCCACCGUCUACUUCAACUCUCAGAAGGAGCCGGCUAGCAAGAAACGCUGAAGCUUUUGGGGUUUGCAUUGCUUACAAAGAACUCGGGUUUCGAGUUUGUAGAAGAAGAAUAAUAAAGGAGUGAGUGAGAGAAUAUAGUAGUAGUAGUAGUAGUAGUAGUAGUAGUAGUAGUAGUAGUAUGUAUAAGUUUAAGGUUUGUGUUAUGUUAUAAAAUGUGAAGCAGUAGAGAGAACUGAGUGUUUCUUUCUUUCACCAUCGGAGAGCUGUGGUAUAGCAGGUGCUUGUAUGUUGUGGAGAAAGUUGCUUUUUGAAUAGUUCUUUUGCUUUUCAUCUGUCUUUUUAAACUCUUUAAUCUGAUGAAAAGCUACCUAGCUUGAAUUAUUCCAA